AUGUAUGACAGAGCUGCCAAGAAGCUAGCGACUUUCGUACCAGAGCCAUGGAUGUAUGGUAUAGCUGCAAAGAAGCUGGAGAGUUUCGCACCAGAGCCAUGGAUGUAUACCAGAGCUGCAAAGAAGCUGGAGAGUUUCGUACCAGAGCCAUGGAUGUAUGGCAGAGCUGUCAAGAAGGCGGAGAAUUUGAUACCAGAGCCAUGGAUGUAUGGCAGAGCUGCAAAGAAGCUGGAGAGUUUCGUACCAGAGCCAUGGAUGUAUGGCAGAGCUGUCAAGAAGGCGGAGAAUUUCGUACCAGAGCCAUGGAUGUAUACCAGAGCUGCAAAGAAGCUGGAGAGUUUCGUACCAGAGCCAUGGAUGUAUGGCAGAACUGCUAAGAAGGCGGAGAGUUUCGUACCAGAGCCAUGGAUGUAUGACAGAACUGCUAAGAAGGCGGAGAGUUUCGUACCAGAGCCAUCGAUGUAUGACAGACCUGCCAAGUAG